AUGAUUUCAGAAGAAUUAGACAAGGAAGAAAAUGAAGAUAGGAAAGCAGAAAUAACCCAUAAAUUAAAUGAUAAAUUAAAUAAAUUAGAUGUUAAAAUAAAUAGAUUAAGAUUAUGUGAUGGGUGUCAAAAGAAGAAUAUAUUCAACCCAUUAUGUGAAUUACUCACCAAAUUAAAUGAAUCAAAUGAAUCAAUUAUUUCAAACAAAUUACUUGACACAUUAAAAAUAAUAGAAGAUU